ACAUGCGUGCGAAUUAAUAUAUUCGUAUAGUCAAUUAUUAAUAAGCAGAAAAAAAUGCAAACAUAUGUUUACAUGCGUGUAUAUAAUAAAAGACAAGAUAAGAUUGAAAUUUUGCACAUGUACCGCUAUAUGUGCGAUGGAAUUAGUGGGCAUUUUAUGAUUCUUCAUGAUCUAGAACAGGUGAAUGAGUUAAGUGUCUCAGUAAACAAAAUCUUCAACGAACAGAUGUUCUCUCCAACUUCAAUCGGCGCAGUGAUUUGGCCGUGGGGCGUAAGGCACAGUCUAAGUGCGUGUCGUGACAUGUGUUCGAAUCCCGACCCAGGUGGGACAAAUUGGAACUUUUCCAGGUUUUCCAGGAUAAAAAACUGAAUUUUUCC